AUGCUGACUUCGUUGGUGCGUCCUGCUGUGCGCUGCAUGGUUCGAUCGCGUCGUCCCCUAGGCCAUCAUCAAUCAUUACUUUUACGUGGCUGUUCUUCGGUGAAGAAAUGGGGAAAAAUAAAUGAUAGCAUCGAAGCGAAUGUAGUUAACAUUGUACAGGACUGUGGUUCCUUGCGCGCAAACGUCCCAAUCCACCAAGCUAUUCAAGAAGCCCAAAGUCAAGGUCUAGAUCUUGUGCAAGUAUCACCAUUAGGUAAAAUGCCGACAGUCUGCAAAAUUUUCGACACGAAUAAGCGGCUUUAUGAGCUUAAGAAGGCCAGCAAGAAUAUGAUGAAGCAGCAAAAGGUCAAAGUCGACAAAGAAGUCUUAAUCGGUGCAAAGAUCGCGCCAAACGACUUGAGCAUGAAGGUGGACCAACUUAAGCGGUUUUUAAGCAAGGGCCAUAAAGUCAAGGUAACAAUCAAGUAUGCCCAAGCGUAUCAUUUAAAAGAUCAGUGCCUAGAGCAAUUAAAGCGCAUUGAUAGUUUCAUUGACGCUGAGACGGGCGUGCUUAUUGGUCCACCCAAGGACCAAUAUGGCGGAGUGUAUGUGAACUAUUCACCAGUUACUUAG